AUCGGUCAUUCGUGUCUGUUUUCACUUUUUUGUGAAAGGUGAGUGCAGUCGAAUCUUUUGGCUCUACUGGAAAUAACUUUCCAUUUCUGACCCAGUCUUUUUACAAAAGGUAAGCAGCUUUAUUUUUAUGCUAUUGAAGACGCUAAAUGAGAGGAUGUUAUGAUGUUCAACUCUCAAAAUACGACAAGACACUAGCUGCAAAACAUGUGUCGACAAAUUAAAUGUAGUGUACAUCCAUCUUUGAUAUCCUAUUUUUCAAUUAACUUUAACCUUUUUCUUUGCUGCGUUAAAGUAAAUGUAUACAGGCGUUGUGUUGUCGUGGCAAGUUGUGGAUAUUCAAAUUUAAUAGCUCCAUUUUGGUCUGUAGUUCAAUAAUUCCUAAUUUACCAGGCGGGAACAUGUUCGCGUGAAUAUCACCACUGCUGACAUAAAUAAGCUUAAUAUGCAGUUUCUUCCUUCCCAAUUUCCUUCAUAACAAAGAUUGCUUGCGAGCCUGAAAACAUGCCUUUUAAAUAUGGAGUUGUAUAGAGCUGUAGAUCGGAAGUGUUCGAAAGACCUCUACCUCAUCACUUACCAAAUCAAAUUAGGACUGUGCGUGAGUCAUUUCUUUCACAACUACUCGCGUGUUUUUUAGACCUCAGAGAAAGUCAGGUAAUUUCUCGAUCUCAGAUUGAAGAUGAUUAUCUUCUCGAAAACGGAGCUUGUAUUUCACCUUCACGAAAUCUAGAUAUUCUGAUUUUGUGCUAAAUCCUUAUGCGUAUUUUUGUCACUAUUGUUACAUAUAUACUUUUUUUAAUUUACACGUCUAAACGAAUUCACAUCGGGUACGUUAUAAUAGAUUAAUUUCAAUAUCACUCGUUAAAUGUGUGCUCUCAUCAUUGCUUGGGUCUGUUUCGCGCACAGCGCUCGCUUAUAAUUCCGAUGUUUGUGUUUUUCUCUCAAUCAGUAUCGGAAGGAAGUGUUUAAUGAUUGUUAUGGUCGUGAAUCUUGGUCAGGAGAAGUGCGUGACUAAUUAUUUUUAUGCCUCGCUCAAACAAUACUCAACUGGAUUACUAUUGAUAAAUAAGAAGUUUAAGAGCGUAUCACGGCCACUUGCAAAUUAACACAAGGACGACCAAAGAGUGAAAUACAACUCUGUUUUGGAUAUCUUCAUGAAAAUCAUCAAGAGUCAGAUUUCUUCAUCAUUCUAUCGAUCUGCUGCCGUCUCUUUGAAUAGUUUUCCUCGACAGAUCAUUUUUUUAAAUACUUUUUUCAAGAUGAUCUUCAUAUUAAGUGAAAUUUGUGACUGUGACAUACUUGUUGAUUUAAAGAAAAAACAUCAAUGACAUUUAUGUGAUUACUGAUGCACUUAUGUAUAGAUGGUACAUUUUUUACUUAAACUUGAGUAAGAGGAUUCAUAAACAAGCAUGUAUUUUCUAUAGUUAUUAUGGUGAUAUUUACAGUAUUUAUGGUGAUAGCUAAAUGAUUAAUUCUUAUUUAGUCAAGAAAUUUUUUGUGAGAUUUAGCUUGUCUGAGAGCAUGUCAUUUUUAUUUAAGACUUUGAUCAGGAGUGAAUUAUACUUUUUAAGUACUUUACAAUGCAGCAAGCAUAAGGUUUUUCAAAGGCACCAUUCAGUGACCAAAAAUUAGAAUUAGAAAAUGGUCAGCAGAGAGUAAAUUUUAGUCAACAGUGGAAAAAUACAAGAGAGAAAGAAUUUGAAAUGGAUAUUUUUAUGUAAUAUUAGAUGGGUAAUGAAAUGACUGAGCAUCCAUUUGUCUUUGAAUUGAGCACUAAGGUUCAUUCAUGAGCUAAGAGCUGUUCUUUUUUCCUUUGUUUUCUCUUUGUUUUUUUCCUUUCUUUUUCCUUCUUUCACUAUGUAGCUCAUCAUUUAGUCAUUACAGUCAUUAUUGGUCAUUCAGUGAUUUACAAGACAAUGAAUUUUUAGAUAACCAUGAUAUGCAGUUCUUUGUGAUUUUCACCCAUGUUCAUCUUUGCUGCAUCAGAGUUUGGGAAUAGUGGACAAGGAAACUGCAGGUAGUUUCAACUUCCACCCGCUACGUAACUUUUCUAGUAAUGAACAUAUUAUUGAGAGAGAGCAGUUUUCAAGUUGUGUGUUGAAUGUAGAGAGUUGGUAUUGGAUCAACUGAUUAUUGCCCAAUAGAUAUUUCCUUUAUUCCCAUUGCUUGUUUUCUUGAUAUUGUAUUGAUAUUUUAUGGUGAAAUUCUGUCUUGGUCACUCAUUGGAUUUAAAGGGUUAAGGUCAUUAACAAAGUUUUCCAAGCAGCAAUGAUUCAGUAAAAUGAACCUGACAAGGAAUGCUGAAAAUGACAUUAGUAUCAUCAUUAGAGGGAUACAAGCGAUGGACUAAGUUUAUUGUUGGAAUAGAUCAUGAAAGUAUUUGACUGGUUCCAGACGCUGGAAUCAACGAGUUUUUUUUUUUUUUUUAACCUUGUAGUCCUUAGUUCAUCUUUUCUUUAACUGAAUAUGGAAACACAUCAAGUGAAUCAGACAGGAUGUUUUUGUUAGUUUUUUGUCAGGAGAUGCACUUAAUGUGGUGUUUGACAAUUAUUGAUCCUAUGUAGAUGGCAAGUUAUUGGAAUAAACUGGAAAUUCUAUUAUUGGAAAGUAUUUCACAGAUAUUUUUUAAAUUUAGUAAAAGUUGUCUAUGUUUAACAGUGAUCCAACUUAGUGAGACUGACUUAGAUAUAUAACAGUUUAAGAACUUCAAAGCCAAAUUGGUUUUUGUUGAAGUAAAAAAAGGAAAAUAAAAUCUUCCUUUCAUUAAUGGAAUCUGUUUGUUUCUGACCUAAUGUGCAUGACAUGUACUUUACAUCUGAAUUACUGUACUACUUGAAUACAUGUAUGCGUAUUUAAUUUAGUUAAAUCAUUCAAAAAUCCUGCAGUCCCUACAAUUGAAAUGCCGGUAAUGGCCACAGAAUUUCCACUAGUAAAUGCAGUCAAAAGAAGAACAUUUAUUUCAUUUUCUGUUUAUUAUUGAACAAAAAAGUAUUUAAGAACUAACUCAACUCUUAAAAGUAAUACAGUCGAGCCUUGAUUAUCCUGACCCAUGGGGACUGGUCUGAAUAGUACAGAUAAUCAAUAGUCUGGAUAAUCGGAAAUAUUAUCAUUGAUGAGCGUCACUUCUACAACAUGUGUGCGUGUCUAACUCCACCAUUCUUUGAAGCUGCGUUAGUUGGAUAGGGUUAAUAUUGUUUUGUCUUUCCAUCAUUCAGAAAGUGGAACAAAUUCAGUGCCAAAAGGAGUCUCUUUACAGUUUCUCUGUUUGAUGGAAAAGAAGUAAUUAUGGUUUGCAAAUGUGAUUAAUUUAUAUUCAUAAAAAAGUGGGACUGGAGUGACUAGUCUGGAUAAUCAAGGUUUGACUGUAUUAUUGAAAGUUACAGAGUUAUGUUUCAAACAGAAUAAGAACCAAACCUUUAAAAUGCACAUGCUAUCAUCUUUGAUUGUUUUCAGGAGCAUUUUUGAAAAUAAGUUUGACGUUUUGGGCUUCAAAUGAAAUAAACACCUUAGGCUUGUAGUUGACUGUUUGAGACGCGCUAGCAGCAAAUAAUGUAUUCAUUAUACCAGAUAACUUAGACACGCAGGUGUACACAUAUAUUAUGAAAUACAACUGACACUGAUUGAUCAGAUGGAUGUAGGUAAAUUUGCCACCAUUAGCAACAAUAAGGAAGACAGGAAAUCCUUGGACCUCACCUGCAGUAUUUAAUAAUAUUCUCACAUAGUAUCUUGUGGUGUAGUGUAAUUUUAUUGAAGCAUUACACUUUCCAGAUCUUUGAACUUUCUUAGAGAGACAUUGCUGAUAUUAUUAGCCAUCUGUUUCAAGUUUUGUCUCAUACAGCUUGCAUACUGAAGACCUCAUACAAGUUUUGAUCCAUUCCUCUAAGGGCACAGCAACAAAAGAUUGCAUGAUAUUCAAAAAUAACAGUAUAAGUAAUUUUCUCCCAGGGCUUUAUUUGGUAUUGUAAAAUUUCCUUUUCAUUUAUGAUUAUGUUUUAUGUAUCAGCUUUUAUUUCAGGCUAGCAUCUUUAAUUUGUCCAGUAUGUAAAAGGGGGAAUAUAAACUUAAAUUAUUUUUUCCAAAAGUGUUUCUAAAGAGGCCAUGUGUUUUUAUCAUGCCUUUGUGUGGAGUUCUUUUUUAUUAUGGAUGCUAGAAUUUUGCUUCCUGCUGAGCAUUUGUUUUGAGGGUUAGAUCAAAACAACAUUUCUCCUUUUGAAAUAUAUGAAUUAGCCAAUAGCAUGUCAUACUGCAUUUGUUGUGGAAUAACUUUCAAUCCCAUUGAAGCGGAUAAGCACAGCAGGCUAUUAAAGCACUUUACAACCACAGCUUUCUUUGAAUCUUUAGCCUCAGUAUGUUUAGGAUAGUCUGGGCAUGGAUAAAUAAUGUAUUACAAGCAGUGAUAGACUGAAUUUUAAACUUUUGCUUGGAUUGAGAACAACGCUAAAGGGUAUGACUACAGGUAAAUGAGAAAUAAAUCCCAAAAGAAAAUUAGAAGAAAGAUGUAUUUGCAGCAGUGGUAGGAAUGUUGAAUUAAUUUUCUUUAUUUCUUCUUAAUCCAUGAGAGUUAAAACAGUUUUUCUUGCCUCAUAUUUAAAAUUGUGGUGGUAAUCAUGAUUUGAUUUUCCCCUCCUUUUUUAAAAAAUAUUAGUGUUUUCUAGUCAACACAAACAAAUUUAAGCCAACCUCAGCACUGUUGAAUUGGGAACAUUGUUUUGUUUAAGUAAAAUUUGGAGAGUGUGGGUUUUCCAAUAUGAUUUUUUAGGUAUUUUACUUUAAAAACAUUUGAGUUGGGAUGACAAACACGAGGGAAAAUGUUACAUUGAUGUGACCAUCACUCUGUCUCAUCAGUCACUUCAAAAUGUAAUGUUAAUACAAUUCAUUUAUUGACUGAAGAAAUAAAUUUAAAAGCACUACAAGUACAACUGUAUUAUUUUUGUGAAAACCUUAUGUAUGCUAUCAUGCUACUGAAAUAUAUAUUGAUUUAAAUUAUAGUAAGUGCUUUUUUGCAUCAUGCUAUCUGCAGUAAGGAUUAGUUUAAUUAAACUUCUGUGGAAGGGCUACCAAUAAUUUUAUUGAAUUUUUUUGGCAGGUCUCUCAGUUUUAAUAAAUCAAUUCUAGAUGAUAUGUGAUAAGUAGAAUAACCAAAGUAAUUAUUUCCACAAAACUCAUAUAUCUAUUGUGUUGAUUGUGGACUGAUUUACAAGUAUCUUUUGGUGUAUGGAGGGAUUUUGAAAAUUUUGAAAAUCUUGACAAAAUUAAGCUUUAAACAUCCAUUGCUCUACAGUGUGGUAUCUUUGAAACAGUAAUAGCGGAGCCCUAUAAUUAUACAAAAUAGUAGUAACCAAUCAAGCCGAAAAAAUUUGGAUGUACGACCGCACGACCAUACAACCAUACAAGGUGCUACUUUUGACAUGCAUGGUCAACUGUACCACGGGCAUGCCAACGCCUUGGCUUUGUCCAGUAGUCCAUUGGUCAGUGCACUGGGCUCCAAGUCAGAUGACCCAGGUUCUAGUCCUGGCUGGGGUAAGGCAUGCGGGGAAAAAAAAAUGUGAGCUCCACUUUAAGGCUUGGCUAAAUCUAGAUAUGAACAUCUUUGUUAGAACACACUUGAUGCCAUUUUACCUGCAAUACGAAUGUAACUACAAUUCCUCCCUCAACUGAGCACUGAAUCAUCUUUAAUCUCUAAAUGUAAAUGAUGACUCUUAACAAUCCAAAACCAAAGAUUAUUAUUAGGGCAACAUUUAAAGGAACUGUGCUUUUGAUUUCUUAAUCAGAUCAUAUCACUAGCUCAGUAGUAGAAGUCUUAAUUAGUAAUAUUGGUUCAAUGGUACAUCAAAAUUUGUAUGCAAAACAAUCAUGCAACGAUCACAGGAAUGGAAACUUAAUCCUUUAACCCCUUAGACUAGCAUCUAAUUUUUCCUUAAAAUAUCACUCUGAAUCAAACAAAGAUCACCAACUAAAGAAGCUCCUGAUUGUUAAACAAAUUCUCCUUGUCAGUACCUUAGGAAAUGUAUAGAGAACAGUAUAGAGAAUGUGCAUGCUUGUUAGGGUGUAAUGGGUAAAAGAGACUGAUGUGAUUGGUUUUAUUAGGUAGCAUAACCCCAUAAUUUGUUUCCAGAAAGUUUUUUAUCCUUUUUUUGUUUCAUUUGUUUGGUUAACCAUUUAUCUUUCUUUAGUUUUAUUUAUUUCCCUCUCUUUUAAUUUUUUUUUAAAUGACUGAAAUUUCUGUGAAGUUAUUUGCAAGUAUUUGUCGAACCAAGAGAUUGAAUUGUAUGUAUGAGUGAACUUGUAUGGAAAGGCCCUAAAAUAUUUGGACCAAAAGUUUAGGAUGAUUGUAGGAUAUCCUGAAAACAGGUCAUCACAAAAAUCCUGGAUCCAACAACCAAAUGUAGCAAACAAAGUCAAAUGAUGCACCAAUUUUUAAAAUAGAGUAAAUUCCUGCAUGUAAAACCAAAGUUUUUACAAGACAGCCUAAUAUCACAAUGCAGCUUUUUUGUUGAAAUAUCUCAACAUAGCCAUUUAUGAUUGACUUCUUUUUAAACUUUAUUUGUUAAUGAAGGUCGAAAGUGGCAGCUAAAAAAGCUGAUGUGGAAAUGCAUUUACACUGAUGAAAUGUAAAUAUUUUUCACAAAGCUUACAGCCCACUGCUUUCAGUGGCACAAGGCAACAUGUUCUGAAAAUGCACAGGGUUUUAUCUGCAAAUAUAAGGCCUUAGAAGUUGUUAUGAACUAGGUUCUUGCAUGUAUGGCGUUGCAAUAUUCAUCAUACUACAGUUUGUCUCAAGUGUUUUAAUAUGAGAGUAGUAAGAAUGUCAGUAGAAGGAAUGUGUGAAUGUGAUAUGACAGACUAUACAAUGAAUAUACUUCACUGCAGCUUAUAUCACUUCCGGUCGACUCAGAACCAGACUACUUUAGAUGUAACUUUUUAAUUCAUACACAAGUACAACAAAUUCACAAUCAGAAUAGAAAAGGUUCCCUUUUUUCACCAAAAGAGAUCUCUGCUGUCCUGCUGAUGUUACAAAGAAAAAAUAUAUCACAAAUAUUUCAGUUUCCUGCAAGUAUCAUUCCUGCAGGUGGCUGAAAAAUUUGAAACAGUAUUUCAUUAUAUCAGACUAGGGUGAUUUUUCUUUGUUUUCUAAUUUUUAAUUCUCUCAGAUAACUUAAUUACUUUGUGCACUCAGUCAGUCUUUUGCAGUUGUGAAAUUUUUUGAUUAUUUUGUCUGAAGAAACUCAAAUUUUGAAAAUAUGCCAAUGACUUAAAUUUCCUCAAAUUUUCUUUAAUUACUUUAAAUUUCUCUUCUCUUCUUUUCAUUCUCAGUGGUGAUUAACACUCCUUGUUUGUCAAAUUGGAUCGUUUUCUUGAAUUCGAGUAAAGAAUUUUGCUAUCCUUUGGUCAUAAUUGUUGGAAAUAAUAUGUCCAAUAAAAACAUUUGAGUUAGGUGUGUUUAAAUGUAUAAUUGAUCUCAUUUCCAAUAAGAGUUCUACACGCAACCAACCGAAGACGCUAUUUUUUUUUUUCAUUCUUUUUUUUUUUGCUAUUAUUUUUUCUUAGAUUAAUGGCGGGGCACACUGCGGGGUUCUGUGACCCAAGUUCGAGUGACUUGGCAGACGUUUUUAUGGAUUUUACCUUAUCCAAACCUGAGCCACAAGAACCAGGAAACGAUGCAGAUUUCAACUCAUGUAAAUUUACGCGGAAAUCUUCUAAUAGCUCCACCUCGACCGUGGCGACAGAGCCUUCAAAGCCUGGCGUGUCUGUCGACAAUGAGGAAGGUGGCCACAGUGAAAGUCAGCCGGUGGCUGCGAACAGUGGAGCGACAUCCGAAUGUGUUGUAUGUAACGAUAAAGCCACAGGUUACCACUAUGGAGUUUUUACGUGUGAGGGCUGUAAAGGGUUUUUUAAACGAACGGUACAAAAGCAGUUGGAAUACACCUGUAAAGGAGAUGGAAACUGUGAAGUAAACCAGUUGAACAGAAAUCGGUGCCAAUACUGUCGCUUUCAGAAGUGUAUGGCUCAAGGAAUGUUAAAGGAAGGUGAGAUCUACUUCUUUUGUUUUAGUAAGUUGCAGCCGGAGAGCAAAGCGAGUUAUUACCUGGAGCAACGUAACAAGCCUUGACAUCCAUUUAAUUAGUUUUUUGUUGUUCUCUGCGUGUUUGUGUUACCGUAAGGCAGUUGUGUGGUAAAAUGUAAACAGUAUCAGAGCUGAGUGACUUUUACUCGUAGCGCUGUUACUGAAUACAUUCAUCAGAACUAUUCAGUCUGAAGGCCAUCAAUAUAUGGCAUGUAUCACAAGUGUUUUACGGCUCCCGGCGCGGUGGCUGAUUAUUGCAGAGGUGAACUCCUUGUAAACGUAUGGUUAACAUUUUAUAUUUGCUAUAAAUUUACUUGGUUUAAGGUCUACAGAGAACCAAUUCUCAAUAACUCUUUUGUUCGGUCCUCGUCUACAGCAUAUUCCCGUACUGAUUAUUGCUGUAAAAAUACUCGCUAGUAGCCCACAGCUGCCUGUCGCAGUAUGUUAAACACCUCUCUCUGUUGAUUAUAUCCCUUAGCUGUGAGAGAGGACCGAACUCCUGGUGGAAGACAUCGACAUCGUUCGUUGCAGGAUCAUCGCCCAAAAAAGCAACGGGGUCGAGAAGAUGCAGUAAAUGGGUCGGCAGACGGAAAUGAUUGUGUGGAAGGCGCCUUGAAGCAACAGAAAAAAGAGGAGUCGGCAGCCGGCAAAGGAGAGUACAUGGCUUUUAUAGAAAAUAUUCGAGAUCAAGCGGUAACGAUGCCUCAUAUUGAAGGACUCGUGGUUGAAAACGAAAGUACGAAGGAAAAAGAUGUCAACACUUUCAUGCAGCUGGCUUAUCAGGAGCUUAACAUGAUCAUUCAGUGGGCUAAAGAUGUUCCCGGAUUCAAGGACAUUGACUUGGAGGAUCAAGUGUGCCUCAUCAAAGCUUCUUUUAUGGAAUUGAACGUAUUUCGUUUGGCGUACAGAUCGGUGCCUUGCGACCCUAUGUCCCUACGGUUCAGCAAAGAAAUGAUUUUCGACAAGCACGAAGUGAUUUCGUUCGGUUGGACGGAAGACCUGGUUGAUACAACCCUGGAAUUUACUGACAAGCUGCGCAGUCUGAAUCUCGAUCAAAACGAGUUUGCUCUUUUAUCUGCUUUAGCUUUACUCAGCCCAGGUUUGUGGGAGUGGUAUUUGAUUUACUUCUUGUCUCUAUUAGAAAGAAGAACAGAUAAACCCUUGAAGAGAAUAUGUGUAAAUCAAAUAUUUGAACUAUAGAGUGAAAAUAAUUAAUGAAAGAAAGAUGAUGAAUGGAGGAUCAGCACUGAAUGAUCUUAGUUACACCAGCAUAGCUGAGCGUACUCACAUCUGAAACCUCUAUUGUCAUUGUCAUUUUCAUGCUUCAAAUCUCUUCCUGUUAUUUAGUUAUUAGUUAAUUUAUUGAUUUAUCGGUAAUUUUUAAGGUGGCGCAGGAAGCCUUCUCUCACGAUAUAUUUAGAACCUAAAAGGGCGCAUGGGCUCUCGUGAUUGGUCUGUUUUGUUCCAAUAGAUACGCCUGAUGUCAAAGAUAAGGAGAAAGUCACUCGCCUGCAAGAGAAAGUAAACAUCUAUUUGCGUGACUACUCCAAGGCUCUCUAUCCACAGAAAGCAAAUCGUCUCGGAAAACUGCUCCUCUGUCUUCCUACUCUUCGCAUAUAUAGCGAGAAAGCAAUGGAAAAUUACGUCACCCUGGAGUUCUUUGGUAAACUGGAUAUGCCGCCUUUGGUGGCUGAGCUGUUGGAGUAAGACUGGUAACAAGUUAGAUGACUUUUAGUCACGCAACUGUUAAAAGGAAGAACAGGAAGGGACUGGUAAAGAGUCUUAUGAAGAGAAACUUUAAUUAGCUUUGAGUCAAGCUUACCUGUAAGCUUGUAAUUAUUUCUUUAACUCGAUGUAACUACUUAUUGUCAGGUCCUUGUUUAUCGGCGGAAAACGCAGAGGCGCACUAUGUCAGUCGAAGGGUAAUUACAACAAUAAUCCGAUGUCUCAAGGUACAAGACACAAAAUCUAAGAUAGUGAACAACUUACCACAUCAAUCGUCGCGAUCAUGGAAUUGGAACUUUAACUCUAACUAUGUUACUUACAGAAAAUUAAAAGACGAGAUGAUUAAAAAACAUAUGAUACAACAAAUGGUGAAGAAAUGGCGAGGGUUUUUUUUUUUUUUUUUUUUUUCGAAACCCAAAAUACUGGAUGAUGCGCCCAUGUGAUAUUACCGUCAUUUUAGCAGCGAAUCACCUUCCCUAUCAUUGAAAAUGUUUUAAUUGGUUUUUAUCAGAUCAUUUUUCUGUUUGUUUGAAUGUUUUUAAGAUAAAAUGUUAAAAAUCUCGUAUUUAUUCCUUCAGAGAAAGUAAUUAGUCAUCAUUACUGUACGGUUAAAUUCGUGCUUUCCGUAGAAUUUAAAGUUACCUGAGAAUAACAAUAAUAAUAAUAUAUUUUAUUUUUGAUUUGAUUUUUCUCCCUGCUAAAUCCGAUAGUUUUACCUUUCUAGAUCCCUUUAACAAAUAGGAGCCUACGUUUGGAAGUCGUUUACAGAGAUCAUUAAUGACAUUCUUUUUUACAGUCAGGAACACGUAACUGUACUUUUAAACUUUAAAUCGGUUUUGCAGUCUGAAACAAUCGAAGGGCCCUCAGUUUUGCCUUUUGUUGGUUUUAUUUUAGGUAAUCGAUAGUUGUGUAGUUGUUUUUCAGAGCUUAAACAAGUUAAAUGAACUGGUAUCUUACUACGCGAGUCCGUUACAGCGCUUCUCGGAAUACUGAAAUACAACAUGGCUUCCAUCAUGUAACGUGGGUGCAGUCCGGUACGGCUGGUGGGAAAAAAGAGGCACAGUACCCUUUUAGUCAGGUGAAAUAAGUGAGAAGUUCCUCAAGUGUUUUUAAUAAUAUUAAAGUAAAUUAUAGAAAAAAAAGUCCAUAGAACCUAAACACUAGAAUUAUAGUGCUGAUGGAGAUAACAUUACAGUAUUGAACAAACUAAUGAAGUUUAUUCUCGAUCCAGGGCCUUUCGCUUUCGUCGUUGCAAUUAGGGCUUGGGUGCGAGACUGUAAACAAAAGAUGAUGACUUGACGCCUUUUGUGCACGAAUUGUCACGAAAAUAGAGCCAAAGUGUUUAUUCUUAAAGCUUACAUGGUGGUUGCUGCAGCUCAUUUAGAACGCGAUGAUGUCUGUUUCUCGGUCCUCUCACCUUUUUAUUACAAAGUUAUCUGGGUCCGUUUUGACAAACUUAAAGCCUCGCACCCGGGCAACAUUUACUUAUAAAAAGAAAGUCGAAAAAUGCAAGAAUGAUUUUAGCCUUUAAAGGUGUCAACAUUAUAUGAUAGAAAAACAACUUAUUGUGACAAGAAAUGAGGUUCGAGAGGCUAUGGAGCACGGCACAUUUAGAAGAAACGUGAUAAUAUUGUUACCAUAAUCGUUAUUUCAGAUGCUUAAUGUAAGUUUAACUUCGAUACCAAGACUGAAGAUGUUAAUGUUCAAAGAAAU